GAUAAUAUUAACAUUUGGAUUAUGUUAAUACCUAUUGAGUAUUGGCCAGUGCAUAGCAGCUUAUGUAAAUUUUUAAAAUUGUUAAUAUUAGGUACCAUAACAUUUCUGUAUACUUAGCGAAAUCAUCAUAGAAUUACGAUAACACGAUUAUAACAUAAUAAGUUAUAUUUUUACAGCUUAGGCUACCAGUUUAAAUUGAUGAGUAAUGGAUAUAAAUGCAGUUAUAAUCGAGUGAAAUUUUCAGCAUAACUUCAUGUAAAGUAUAACAUCAAUGUGGUUUUCGUCUACAUUAUGUCGUGACGUGAUAUGUUUACACCAAAAGGUAAAUUUAAUUAAGAAAUACACAUUUACAAAAGUAAAUUCAACUUUAAUUUUAAGAUCAAUCAUUCAGCAAUCCUAUCCAUUAAAAAUGUCAAAUACGUGUAGUAUUGUAUUGUUAUAUUUAAUCACUUGCAUUUUGACAUGCACGGCAUCUGAUACGCCUAAAGUACGUGUCAACUCAGGAAUAAUUUCUGGUGGAUAUGAAUAUAGCUAUAAUGGUAGAAAAAUUUAUUCAUUCUUAGGCAUACCGUACGCAAGUCCUCCAAUUCAAAACUAUCGAUUUAAAGAACCACAGCCCGUAAAGCCUUGGUUAGGAAUAUGGAACGCUACCAUUCCGGGAAGUGCUUGUUUAGGACCGGAUUAUGAAUCCAAUUUCAAAAUUGUUGGUCAGGAAGAUUGUUUAUACCUUAAUGUUUAUACGCCAAAGUUACCACAAUCUACCACACCCGACGAUUUAAUGGAUGUAGUGGUGUACAUACACGGCGGUGCGUUCAUGGGUGGCCAGGGCAUUUCUUAUGGUCCACAAUAUCUUUUGGAUAACAAUGACUUCGUUUAUGUAUCGAUAAAUUACCGUUUGGGUGUAUUAGGAUUUGCCACUACUGGUGAUAAUAUUUUGCCUGCAAAUAACGGCAUGAAAGAUCAAGUAGCAGCAUUGAAGUGGAUACAACAAAAUAUCGUUGUGUUUGGUGGUAAUCCAAACAAUGUCACAAUUACCGGCAUGUCAGCUGGUGCUAGUUCUGUUCACUACCAUAUGAUUUCACCUAUGUCAAAUGGUUUAUUUAACCGAGCAAUUCUUCAAAGCGGAAGUGCUUUUUGUCAUUGGUCGUAUACUGAAAACGUAGAACAAAAAACAAAGUAUAUUGCGAACAUGCUGGGAUGUCCAACAAAUAAUUCGGUGGAUAUCGUUGAAUGCCUUCGUUCUAGACCAGGAUUGGCCAUUGCUAAAUCAUUUAUAGAAUUUAUGCCAUGGUUAUACAAUCCUUUUUCACCAUUUGGUCCAACCGUUGAAUUAAUCGGAGACGAAAAAUUCUUACCCGAUAUCCCAGAAAAACUCACACCAUAUGAUAUUCCAGUGUUAAUGAGUGUUACCAAAGAUGAGGGUCUUAUUAUUGCUAUAUAUAUUACCCAUGAAGAUCAUAUUAAUAAACUAAACAAUAAUUGGAAUGAAUAUUUACCACAUCUUCUUGAUUAUAACUACACAAUUCCAAACGAAAAACUAAGGAACAAAGUUUCUCAAGAUAUAAAAAAGUUUUACUUUGGUGAUCAAACAUUAUCAAAAGAAACCAUAAGCAAUCUUGUAGAAAUGAUUUCAGAUAGAAUGUUUGGAUAUGCUAUAAGUAAAGCUGCUCAGCAUAUUUCUGCUAAAAAUACGGCACCUGUAUAUUUUCAUGAAUUUGGAUACAGUGGUAAUUAUUCUAUCAUAGCUAAAUUAGAUCCGAAAUCA